GUCUGCGUUCGGCUGUGUGGCGAAGAAAUUGCGCCUUUUGGAUUGACCAGAUUGCAAUCAGUAGUGCAGAGGUGUGACUCACGCGAGCACCAUACGUAGUUUAUUUAGUUAUGUCAGACGAAGUGUGCGCAGUGUGUGGCAUUCCGGCUGGACGAAAAUGUGGCGGUUGUCAACAGGUGACCUACUGCAAUCAGGACCACCAGAGGCAGCACUGGAAGGCCACCCACCGGAAUGAGUGUCGUAGUUAUAAGAUUAGUCACGAUCCCGUUCUGGGCCGGCAUCUGACAGCAACCCGAACGAUUCAACGUGGGGAAAUUAUCUACCGGGAUUCCCCGCUGCUGCUAGGACCAAAGAUUGGCAGCGUGCCUGUCUGUUUAGGGUGCCACAGGAAUCUGAUACCACUGCUUGAUGACGGUGAGAAGACAAAGACAUUAUACACUUGUCGCCGCUGUGGAUGGCCACUCUGCAGCGAAAGUUGCGAAUAUUCCCCCGCCCAUGCGGAGGAAUGUCAGCUGUUCUCGUCGAGGGCAUACCGAUCGCAAAUUAAAUUCAACGAGCGAGAGCCGGAACGUAAAGAAUCUGCAUAUUGUGUGAUUGUCCCGCUGAGAGCCAUUUUACUCAGGAGAAAGAAUCCUUCAAAGUACGCCACGAUGCUUACUUUCGAGUCGCAUCUGGAAACUCGUCGUACCACUCCAUUGUAUGCCGUAAUGAAAUCCAAUCUGGUGCCUUUUAUCCGUAAUGUUCUUGGACUGCGGGAUAUCCAGGAGGAGGAAAUAUUACAGCUUUGCGGCAUUUUGGAUACCAACAGUUACGAGAUAAGGGUGCCGGAACAAGGCAUUAAAAUUAGAGCACUUUUUGAAGUGGGGGCAAUGAUGUCGCACAGUUGUCGUCCAAAUACCAAGCAUUAUUUCGAUGAGAAGCUGAAUAUGGUACUGGUGGCAGCAGUGGACAUUCCAAAGAACGAUGUAAUUAGUGUAUCGUACUCUCAACCGUUGCAACCGACAAUCCAACGUCGGUAUAUCAUAAAAUUAGCCAAAUGUUUCGAGUGCAGCUGCGAGCGAUGCCAGGAUCCAACCGAAUUUCAGACAUUCGCCAGUUCCAUAGACUGUCCAAAGUGCAACAAAGCGAAGAUCGUAUCCAUCGACCCGUUAGAUUUUCGGUCCGCCUGGCAGUGCCAAAAUGGCCAUUGCUCCUAUCGGGAAUCGUACCGGCAGUAUGUCACACGAAACGAGGCAAUUCAGGCGGAAAUAAUGGCACUAUCAAAGGGUUCACCAGUGGAAUAUGAACGAUUUCUCGAGACGCACCAGUCGGUGCUGCAUUCGUGGAAUACCAAUGUGCUGCAGGUGAAAUAUGCUUUGUGUGAGAUGUACGGCGGAAAAUUGGGCGGACAAAUGAUGGGAGACCUAUCCGAGGAUCAACUACGCCGGCAGGUUGAUCUAUGUACGGAUUUACUAGAGGUAGCAGAUCGAUUCGAACCCGGACAGAGUGUGUUCCGAGGAAAAUUGCUGUUGAAUCUACGAAACGCCCUUUUGCUUUUGCGAGAAAAGUUGGGACUCCAGUUCGAUUCGAACGUAAUCCAACUGCCACAAAACGGGCAGGACAGCAUCAAACCUUGUGCUCGGAAGGGGCGGAAAGUGGCUUCCGAUAAACAGACGCCCACUGAACAACCAUCCUCGACAUUUAAACAGCAGCUGGAACGAGUACAACGGGAGCUUGAAGAAAUGAUAAAAUCAGAUCCCACCUUUGGGAAGCAACACUUGUAGAUAUGAAUAAAUUAUAAUUAAAAUGCUGUAUAAAACAAAGAAGGAAAAAUCAAAU